AUGGCGUUUCGUGACGAUAGAAAGCGUAUUAGUGCAUCAGACACGUCUGCUGACGAAGAAGCAGUGGUUAUUCCGGAAGAAGCUAGAUGCAACUGCAAGGGUACAUGCCAGAGAGUCCGUCGGGGAAAUAGAGGUUAUCAAUGUAAAGCAGCAGGGGUACGAUGUGUUCUAUUAUGCGGAUGCAGACAAGAACGUUGCAGAAAUCGUGAAGAUCACUUGGACGGUGCACAUAUGAGGAAUGAUGGUGAAGAAACAGUUCGUGCUGUAACAGCUCCUAGACAGUCAUUUCCCACAGAGGAAGAAAUCCAGGGAUUCGUGAGAGGGUUGACAAUAGAACAGCUGCAAAGAACGUUGACCAGUUUCUUGCGUCAUGGUAGAGGAUCGUUUGAUCUUGCCAGAAUGUAUUCUGAUAUUGAGGACCAAGGCACUGUGGGAGAUCAUCCGUUUGCUGCACCCCCCAACCCAAAUCCUCCUAGGUGGUGCAAAUGUGGAAGGUGUGGGGACAUGGGUACAGGAAGAGCAAGAGAGAACGUCUGCUGCCAACAAGAUCAGUGUGUCACAACGGAAGAAUAUUUGAGAGCCACAUGUCUAGAUCAUAAUGUGCUGACACUGACCAUCCGACUACAUGCAGAUUACAUGAGUGAAAGACCCAACUACAGAGCAAAUGGAUUUCGAAAGGCAGCUUAUCGGCAAUACAUUCUUGGUCGCUAUGAAUAUCUCGGUAAAGGAACAAGACGAAUAGCUCCUUGUGUCGUUCGUUGUGUCAGACAUUGGUUUCCAGCACCAGAUGGGAGGUACAUGGGCUACAAGAGUGAGUAA